AUGCCCCUCAACUACUCCAAAUGGGACAUGCUCGAGCUCUCCGACGACUCGGACAUCGAGGAACACCCCAAUGUCGACAAGAAGAGUAUGAUCCGCUGGAAGCAACGCGAUAUCCACGAGAAGCGUGAGCAGCGAAAGCUCCAGAUCGCAAAAUUCAACUCUGAGCUUUCGCUCAACGGUGUCCUCCGUCCCCGCAUCGAAGCCAUCAUCACGGGCCUCUCUGCCAACGGUUUUGACCACUACCGCGCCGUGCAGCGUCGUAUCAAAGAGGCUCCCUCUGAUGAAAAGCCUCAGACCGGUGCUCCCAACCAGCCGACGUACGAUAUGAUGCUGGGUCAGCUGUUGGAAGAUUGGGCUACGGGUGAAAUCCCUCAGGGCAAGAAAGAGGCUCUCAAGGAAGUGCUCGAGGAGAGACUCAAGUGGAACGUUGACGAGCUCGUGAGGCGUGACGCCGAGGUGAAGAAGGAGAUUGAAAAGGAAGAGGCCGAGAUGAGGAAGAAGAUUACUUCCGAUGAUAUCCACGAGGGUUGGGACAAGUCGACGGUCAAUCCCGCCAAACAGGGCGUAUGGGAUGAGAAGCCCAAGCCCAAGCGGGCGCCGGCACAAAAAAAGGAACAGACGAUCGAGGUGCUCAAUCCCAAGGCCAGUUCGUCUGCUCUCACCCCUCCUGCUCCUCUCGCCGAAGACUCGGACGACGACGAAGAGUUUGGCCCCCUGUCUGAGUCCGGCCGGGCCUUUGCCAACAUCCCCAUCGGCGCUUUCGAGAAAUCUUACAAUUUCAUCCAAAAUGACUCGUCUGUCCUCGCCGCUUCAACGCACGACUCGCUCCUUGCCGAAGCUUUCGAUGCGGAGAGAAGGGGUGAUAACCAGCUCGCGAUGCGAUGCGUGCACCAGAGCUUGUUGAUUAGCUACUGUAGGCAGUUGGGCAAGGACGGAGUCGGAUUGUUCUUCCAAAAAAUGAUUACUCGAAACCCCCAGUCCAUCAAGAUGUUCCAAGAAGACUUCACCCGCACUUACGGCCGCAUCCAUCUCCGCACCAAAGAGAUCCUCGCAGAAGAAGCGAAAAACCCCUCCGCACCUGCCGAGCGCGAGACGAUUCAGCUCGUAGCUACCGACCCCUCCAUGGAUAUCACUUUCAACAUCCCCGACGGGCCUCCUCCUGCCGAGCUCCAUAUUGAGGGCGAGGGCGCGGAAGAUCUGGAUCUGGAUGAUGUGAGGGCGUGGUUGCAAAGAAAGUGGGAGAUCUUUGAGGGCUUCCCAGAGGACUUUAGGAAGGCGCUCCAGACAGAAAAUCUUGAAAAGGUCAACAAAGUGCUUGGUGACAUGAGCCUGAAUGAGGCAGAGGGGAUUGUCGGGUUGCUGCAAGAGGGAGGAAUGUUGAGUUUCAGGUGA